GAGAAAGAGAAGAGACUGCAUGUGACAGAGACAGACUGAGAAAGAGAAGAGACUGCAUGUGACAGAGACAGACUGAGAAAGAGAAGAGACUGCAUGUGACAGAGACAGACUGAGAAAGAGAAGAGACUGCAUGUGACAGAGACAGACUGAGAAAGAGAAGAGACUGCAUGUGACAGAGACAGACUGAGAAAGAGAAGAGACUGCAUGUGACAGAGACAGACUGAGAAAGAGAAGAGACUGCAUGUGACAGAGACAGACUGAGAAAGAGAAGAGACUGCAUGUGACAGAGACAGACUGAGAAAGAGAAGAGACUGCAUGUGACAGAGACAGACUGAGAAAGAGAAGAGACUGCAUGUGACAGAGACAGACUGAGAAAGAGAAGAGACUGCAUGUGACAGAGACAGACUGAGAAAGAGAAGAGACUGCAUGUGACAGAGACAGACUGAGAAAGAGAAGAGACUGCAUGUGACAGAGACAGACUGAGAAAGAGAAGAGACUGCAUGUGACAGAGACAGACUGAGAAAGAGAAGAGACUGCAUGUGACAGAGACAGACUGAGAAAGAGAAGAGACUGCAUGUGACAGAGACAGACUGAGAAAGAGAAGAGACUGCAUGUGACAGAGACAGACUGAGAAAGAGAAUAGACUGCAUGUGACAGAGACAGACUGAGAAAGAGUAGAGACUGCAUGUGACAGAGACAGACUGAGAAAGAGAAUAGACUGCAUGUGACAGAGACAGACUGAGAAAGAGAAGAGACUGCAUGUGACAGAGACAGACUGAGAAAGAGAAGAGACUGCAUGUGACAGAGACAGACUGAGAAAGAGAAGAGACUGCAUGUGACAGAGACAGGUGGCUGGGGCAGAGACAGAAAGAGGCAGAGACUGGAGGGGACAGCACAAGCCAAUGGCAAAGACAAUAAACAAUUAACUGGAUCCAGCAGGAACUUUUAACAGAAAAUACAAAUAAAGAAAAGAGGAGGAUACAAGAUUAUGUAAUUGCAUAAAAGAGAGUGCUGGGAGGAAAGAAAACUGUCUGUGCAGCAGUACAAAUCAGAGACUGGCCUCAGCUGAGAUAAGUAAGAUAUCCUGUGAGUCUGACCUAGAACAUUCCGGAGUGGAGGAUACAGUAGAUAGGUUCAAGGAAGGGUCGGAUGCAGUUUGGAGACGGCUUCUUCUUUUUCCUCCGACUUAGUGAGACUUUUAUCGUUGGAGUUGCCAGGCUUGUAGGGGCCCAGUAUGGAUUAUUCCCUCUCGGAGCUGGAGGACGCGGAGAAAGACUUUGAAUCAAGCUGGAUCAGAAAUAGGGAGAGUCCUUAUGAAAUGGACCGUGUCGGUACAGCCCCCGAGGUUCUGAUGGGCGGGGACAGGCUGGACUCUGAAGGGCAGAGGACUGUGAUCACGGAGAGUAUGUCCAUCACUGCUUCCGACGAGGAGAAACUCCAACUGCUGAACAAGAACACGGAGCUGCGCCGACUCAACGCAGAGCUGAUGAAAUUGAAUCAGCAGUGGGAUGAGAUCUAUCGGAACACCACGCAGAACCUGCAGCACACGGCGAGGGCCCUACAGAGCGAGGUGCACGGCCUGAGGCAACACAUUGACAAGCUCAGCAUGAAGCUCGAACAUGAACAGCACAAACGAGAGUUCUAUGAGAAUUCGCUGCUUCAGGAGAUGAAGAGGAACCAAAAGCUUCAGGAAGACGUCCGCCACCUCGAGAGAGCUCUGCACUACAAGGUCUUGUCCCAGCAGGGAGCCCAAAGUGCUGCAAGUAUCUCCAGAGCUCACAGCCAAUCAGAUCUCUCCUCUGCCAGCCACACUGCCUUCAUGCCGCCCCACCUGACCUACAAAAGAAGCCCAUCUCAGCCUGAAGAGAAACUAGGGCAAGUUCCCAAAAGUCACAAACCUGCACGGAAUACACAGUCUACGGGGAACAUCUCCCGAGGCAGCCAGAACAGUCUUGGCCAAAGCCCAAACAUCACCAACACUGAGCAGGACGUCAACCAACUGAAGGACCAACUCAAAGCUCUGAAAUGUCAGACAGAGAUUUACGCAGCUGAUUACAAGACGGAACACACAGACCGGGAGCGAAUGAAAACGGAGAACAACAAGUUGAGGCACAAGGAGAGGGAGAUGAGGGAGCAGAUGUUGAUGCUGCAGGAACAGCUGAAGGUAUAUGAGGAUGAUUUCCGCAAAGAGCGCUCCGAUAAACAAGUGCUGCAGCGGCUUCUCAAGACUCGGAGCUCCGCCCAUGAGCCAGUCCUGGUGCAUCGCUGCAAUAACGGGAGCCAACCCAAGGGGGCGCUAACAGGCAGCGAGUCUACUUCUGGCACUAGAAGAAACAGCAGGAAACAGAAAGCUGUGGAUGGGGAGCAGCAGCCGUCACAAUAUUCUAUAGGUUACUAGUGGGGAACUCUUAUUUCUUGCCUAAUUUAUGCACAUAAUAUUCUAUGUAUAGUGAAUAAAGUAUUCCCUAUUGUAAAUUAUAAGGAUAUUAUAAGUUACAGAGGAGUUUCAUGACCAUAGAAAAACACAGGCCAAAAGUCACGGAACUCCGAAGUGGCAGAUUUAUCAAGGGUCGAAUUUCGAGUUCAAAUUUUUGAGUUCUUUCAUGGCUAAAACUGUCAAAUUCGACUAGGGAAUUGGAUUCGUUUUUCUUAAAAAAAAAAUUCUAAUUUGAUUUUCGAGAUUUAUCUUA